UAUUCGACACGAAAUGCUUUUAUUUCGAAAAGACAUUUCCGGUAAUAGUCGCGUUAAGUGUGGCAAACCUAACAAUCCGACCGCCUCUCAGCACCAUCCAAACAUUAGCUUGCUAAAUAGCUUUCAGCUACCCAAACUGAAGAAAACAGAGCGCUCCAUCCAAAUAAUCUAUGAGUCGCAAACGAAACCACAGUUUCACUGAAGCGAGCUUGUCUCCUGAAGCCCACGGCGUCUUCAUGGAGCCUCCCGGGUCAGUAAGUGCAGCUGACGGUGAUUUCGUGGAGCUGGAACCCGACGAAGAGCUUCUCUGCUCGGUUAGCGACAUCACUGAGCACCUCGGGAGAAACAUCACCGUAGUGCUGGAGACGGCGUUGUCCGAGAUCCGUAAAAUGGUCAGCAUCCGGAUAAGAGUAUUGAAAAUGGAACUUCGCGAGAAAAGCGAAGAAAUCGAAAUGUUAAAAGCACAACUGGAUACAGUUCAGCGGGAUGGUAGGGACGCAUUUCCUGGCGUGGCGAGCGUAGAGCCGCCUGCAGAGGCUGGCUUCAAGAAACAUGACUUCAGCUCUGGAGCCAAGCACAACAAUAUCGACCCACGGAGAGCCAAAGCUCUCAUGUCUGGUGUGAAGAAGGAAAAUAUAGACGCCAUUUGUCACUAUCUGAUGAAAGACAAGAACUCGAGAGGAUGUGCUGAAAUGGACGGAGACCAGAGCAACCAGGCCGGUGACAGGGAGGUUCGCCAAGGGCCAGACCCGCAUUCCCUUAACUUGUGGUCGGACAGCGGGAUGGCCGGGACCGUGUCUAUGCACGUAGAUUCCGAGUCCACCACAGAUGACAUCUUCAGCAUGCUCCCUUCCGGUAGCAAGCGAAUGUAUGAAUAUGAAUGGAUGGCACCAAUGGAAUACACCUCAGACCUGAAAGUUAUAAAGGAGCCUGAUCAUGAGAACGCCUGCACCACUGAGACAGAGAAUGAUGGGAAUGAAGAUGACUCGACCACGAGGGAGGGGUCGAUACCUGAGCAAGCGCAGACUCCGCUGUCACGUGCCCAGCCUUGCGACUUCUCUAUGGAGCCUCAGAGCUCUCCGGGGGAGGAAGGGAAUCCUUUGGAGGACUGCACAGACAGGCCUGAGGCAGACCAGCAGUUAUCCAGUCACACCUACAUCUGCUCAAUGUGUGGAACCUUCUGCCCUGACUCUUUCUUCCUGGAGGAGCACGUAAAACUAAUACACUCAGACUCUGCUGGAGCCCUGGCUCUCCAGGCGCUCCAGUCCACGUCCUCCACUACACCCUCCAUGGGAGAUAGCAGCGGUGAUUCCAGGAGGGCUGGUGGGAGCCAAAAUGAGGGAAGCACACAAUUUGGGUCUGUUGCAAGCAUCAGUCAAGGAGGGGGUCCUAUAAAAAAGGAGAUAAAAAUUGAGGGGGGGUAUGAAUGUGGGGACUGUGGCCGCCGCUUCAACUACCUCGGCAACUUGCGGCAGCACCAGCGCAUCCAUACUGGAGAAAAACCCUUUGUGUGUCCAGAGUGCGGGGAGAGAUUUCGCCAUGCAGCCCGCUUAAAAAGCCACAGGCUAAUUCACAGCGGUGCCCAGAGCCCGUUUCCUUGCCCUCAGUGUGGGAAAGGUUUCUCUGUGCUGUCAGGACUCAAGAGACACCAACGGGUGCACACCGGUGAGAGUCCAUACGCAUGUCCUCAGUGCGGACGGCGCUUUAAAGAACUGGGAAACUUGUACACCCACCAGAGGAUUCACAGCGGGGCCACACCCUACCGCUGUCAGCAGUGUGGGCGCAGCUUCCGACAUCUGGGCACCUACAAGAGUCACCGCUGCACCCCGGGACAGUAAUCGGCCUCUGCUUCUGUUCUCCACACUCCUAAUACUAGGAAGUCUAAAAUGUACAUCAAAGAUAGAUUGUGAUCCAGAGUUUGACUCAUAAGUCGUAAUUUCAGUGCUCUCUGAUGACACCGUGAGGACGCUGGACAUGUGAAGACUCGGUUUUAUGAGAUGAUGCCCCAAUGUUCAUGUUCUGUUAUAUUCAUGAUGGAGAUGUGCUUAAUGAGCCUCAGUGUCUUGAAUAAAUUGACCUCAAGGCAAAUAAAUUGAAUUGUUCUUUAGCUUUCAACAGUAUCGCAACGCCUUCAUCACCAGAUGAAGUCUGAAAUUGUCUGAGAAUAAUCGGACACCACCGGCAAAAUGAUAUUUCUAUGAUUAUUAAGCAAACCACUGGUACAAGUUACCUGUCCUGCAGUUUUCAAUGUGUAUACAUUGAGCUUGCAGGAAGUCCUAUGGUGUAUAGUGUAUAGUAUGGUGCUUAUACAUAUAAACAUGACGGCAGGUGUGUCAUAGCUAAAUUCUCAAGAGCCUGCUGUCUUUAAAGUCACUUAAUUAUUUCCUGAAGUAAAGCACAACAUAUUUUUUAAAUUUAAAACUGCUUGAACAGACACAGAAACUUGUCUGUUUCUAUGUGUAACAGGUAAGGUCCUAGAUUUCUUCCUUUCUAAUGAUAAGACUAUCAUAUUCACAGCCACAUUUCUAAAUUAUGGCAAAAUAUUAUAUUUUUAAACCGGGCUUCAUUUUGUUUUUGUUGUUUUGGUCACAUAUCAGGCAAGCCUUUGGCUAAUUCUUUUUUUUUUUUUUUGCCAUAAUGACAAGUUCACCUGACAUUGAGAAUUAGGGCUUGAGUAUAAUUUCUUUCUGGAGUAGCUGCUGGUUUUACAGGUUUUGCUUAUCAGGACAUAAGAAAUCACCUGGUCCUUUGCAGAAGCUUGAUUUUAGAUUUGAGAAGUGAUUUUAUUCUACCGCAGUUGCAGCUCAUUAAACAUUGUACACACAUCAAGAAUACCUGUUCAGUCAUUAAAAUUAAUUAAAUUUUGAUCUGCUGACAAAUUAAGGCGAUUUACACAUCUUUUAUUAGCGUAUAGUUAUUACAGUUGGUAUUUAAAUAUGUUCAAAUUAAAUCUUCAGAGCUCCGAUGUGCAGCUGUCAAUGUCGAUAUAAAAAGCAGCACUCAGAGCUAAAGUUACUAACUCGAAUUAAAAUAUUAAUUGAAGCACUCUGUGCAAUAAAACACCACAUUAAUAACUUUCUGCAGCAUUAUUCUCUCAUCAUGUCAAUAAAAAUGUUGCGUUUAACUUAGCAUUUUGUAUAUUCUUUAUAUUUAUCAUCAUCAUCUGGUAAGAUUUGUGAUUCGAUUGGGGGAAAACCCAAGAGAUCACUUUAUGCGGAAGAGUCAUAUGACGUGCAAAAGUCCCAUUUUUAUAUGAGUGCACACAGAGCUCGGCUUAACAGAGACAGCUGUUAAUCACUAUUGUGAUACCUGUUAUUCCCAACUUGGGUUUGAGGUUUGUUGAACAAGCAAAGGCAAAGAAAAGAAAAGCCUGUGUGUGUUGAACUUUGUUCCUGGAACACUGAACUUUCUGCACUUAUUUCAAAAGAUCCUGAAACAACAACGCAUUUUAAUAAUUUACCAAAAACGAUGCCAAACUGGAGUAAUGGCGUAUGAAAAGCUAAGUACACUCCAUGAACUCAGUAACUUGGAGAACCACUUGAAGAAGAUGUUUUCUGUGUGACUUUAUCGGUCUCCUCAUCACAUUGUUGUGGAGGGACUUUGGCCUACUCUUGUUUACAGCGUUGGUUCAGCUCAUUGUUGGUCUGGACUUUUCUGUUUUUUAACCAUUCUGUUUUAUAUUUUCUGUUUUGUGGUCAUUGUCCUGCUGCAGUAUUAGAAAAGCUCAUGAGAUACGAGAUACCCAGAUCACGUGGCUGCAAAACAAAACAAGCAGACCAAAUAAUUUUUUGUGUUUGUUUAUUUACAAUUUCUUCAUGUGAAUUUGCUGUGACAUCAAACCCUGGGUCAGUAUUUUGAAUAUUAUCCACUUGUGAAUAAUUGUUCUCACUGCAGAAUGACAGAUGGAAUUGCUGGAAAUGGCCUUUAACCCUUCCCAGAUUAACGGUCAGCAAAAAUUGCUUCCCUGAGUGAAUGGCUUUCUUCCUCAGCAUUGUGUAGACUUUUUAUCUUCUGAAAAUAUGAAUAAAAAUAAAUCUAACUAUAA